AUGCUGUCAGGAUAUCGUUCCGCCAUCCCUUCCGCUUCUCGUUCCAAGUCGAGGUCAAGGUCCAGAAAGAAUUCCAAGUCAAAGUCAAAGAGUCGAUCCCGUUCCCGCUCAAAGUCUGGAUCAAAGAGCAGGAGCAGGAGCAGGAGCAGAAGCAGAAGACGCAGACACUCUAGCAGUGACGACAGGUCGAGCCGCUCCUCAAGAAGGAGGUACAAGCGAAGGAGUGAGCGCUACAGGAGGAGCAACAGUAGGAAGAAAGAUGAAGAUAAGGAUGUAAAUUAUGAAGACCUGAGAGAAAGUGACCUGGAACUCUCUAGUGAUCCAGAAGAUGCCUGGAGAUAUGAAGAGGAAUAUGAGGAAGAUGAAGAGUAUUAUGAAGAUGAAAACGGGUACUACCCUCAGUAUCCCUCCCGUGCACGCGGUCGGGGAGGAUACAGGGGAUUUAGGAGAGGCUUCCGGGGACGGUGGCCCAGGUGGCGAGGCAGGGGGCGAGGAAGGGGUUAUUCCAGCUACUAUGACUACCCUGAAGAUUAUGAUUCUUGGAGGCAUGAUGAAGUUAGCACAAGGGACCAGUACCAAACCAUGUACCAGAAGUACUUUGAGAGCGUGGCCGACCGGGAAUCCUCCAGCAAGAGUGGACGUCCCCCAGAGGAGUAUGACAAUAGGAAGGAAGGUGAUAACUAUCGGGAGAGAGAGGAAGGCCACAGGAGUAUGCACAAAGAGCGGGAACAGCCACAGGAAGACUAUGAAAGCAAUCACAGAGGCCAUCAUGAGUACAGUGAUGGGAGGAAUCCAGACAGACUAAGAUCUCAGGACAGCUGGCCUAGUUAUGAGAAGAAAUGGAAACAUGGUGCAGAGGCAAAGUCUGAAGAUAGGGAUAAUUACAACGAAACAAGCAGAAAGGCCCAAGCAUUUAACAGGGAGUUAAUGGACUCUGUGCGUGGAAGGCGAGAGGCAGACAGUAUGAGAGAACCAGAGGAGGUGGAAAGCCGGAGACAUGGUGAAAGAGAGAACUUGAGACAAAGGCUCAGCAGGGAGAGAACAAAACCCUACAGAGAAGAGAGAGACAAUAACAGAAAGGACCAUACAGUGAGAGAGAGUCUGGAGGAUAGUCGACGAGAUCGCAGCUAUGAGAGAGAUGGACAGAUUUCAAGUGCAAUUGUCAAAAGCAGUGGCAGUGAAAGGAGAUAUGGUGAUAAGUCUGUUUAUGAGAAAGAACGAGACAAGGACCGUAAUGGUGACAGUAAUAUUGACUCUCGGUGGAAGAACCAAGUGCUAAGAGCAGACAUUGAGAGAGAUAGGAAACGAGAAGUUUCUGUGAAAGAUAGAUUGAGUUUUGGAAAUGUGAAAAGCAAUAGUGAUACUGAUCGCAUUAAUAAUAGGUUGAAAUCAAUUGCUGAACAAGGUGCCUUUAAGCAUAAACAGGUGGACAUUGAGACUAGGGGUGCACGUGAGGUGGAGCGCAGGGACCUGAGACCCUGGCAUAAUACUGACUCAAGUGAAAGUAGACGGGAUUCAAAGCCCAGUGAUCCUAGAAGUAGGCGUGACAUUUUGUAUAACAGUGGUAGAGACAGGCAUGAGACUGACCAUGGGGGAAGUAGAGAGAGAGGGGAUGACGUUGGCGAAAGUAGGAAGAGACGGGAUCACGAGAGAGUGUCCCUGAGGGAGAGUUCUGAAAGGGACGAAGAAUCAAAUGAAAGUGAUUCUGAUAGAAAGAGGCACCACAGUGAUGGUUAUUUUAUAUUGAAGACAGUUAGAGACAGACCCCAUAUUUGCUAG